CUCUCCAACUUCAUGAGAGAUCUGCUGAACAAUCCGCAGUACAAUCCCAGUUGUGUGCGGUGGGAAAACAAGGAGCAGGGUAUCUUCAGGAUCAUUUCAGGAAAAUCAAAAUUUGUUGCUGAACUCUGGGGGCAAAUUAAAAACAAUUCUAAAAUGACUUUCGAAAAAAUGGGUCGAUCCUUACGGUUAGUGGCUAAUGAAGCAUGGUUUUUUAAUUUUUCUGAUUGUUUAGGGUAG